AUGUUGUUCAAACUUGCAUGGCUGUUGUUGUGCGUGUUGCCGCUUGUGGCACUCUGUGCGGAGGACUACUACAAGUUGCUUGGAAUUGAGAAGAAUGCAUCAGACCGCGAGUUGAAGAAGGCAUACCGAACACUUAGCAAGAAAUACCAUCCUGACAAGAACCCCGGCGACGAAUCAGUCAAUCAAAAGUUUGUCGAAAUCGCCGAAGCCUACGAAGCCCUCUCCGAACCCGAGACGCGCAAAAUCUACGACCAAUACGGCCAUGAAGGUCUCAAACAACACAAAGAAGGCGGUCAUCGUCAAGGAGGCAACCCCUUUGACCUGUUCUCUCGCUUCUUUGGCGGAGGCGGUCACUUCGGCCAGUCUGGUCAACGCAGAGGUCCUAAUAUGGAAGUCCGCGUCGCCGUGCCCCUUCGCGACUUUUACAAUGGCGCCGAACACGAAAUCGCACUGGAAAAACAGGCAAUCUGCUCAUCUUGCGAGGGCAGUGGUUCAGAAGAUGGAAAGACAGAUACGUGUGGAAAGUGCAAGGGUCAUGGUAUGAUUAUCCAAAAAGCACAACUCGCACCGGGCAUCUUCCAACAAAUGCAAAUGCAAUGCGAUCUCUGCGGUGGAAAGGGAACAACCAUUCAACACAAAUGCAAGACCUGUGGUGGAUCUCGCCAUGUCAGGGAAGUCGAGACGUUUACCGUCAACAUCGAAAAGGGAAUGCCAAAGGGAGCGAGAAUUAAUUACGAAAACGAGGGAGAUGAGAGUCCAGAUUAUGUUGCUGGAGACCUCAUCGUGCAGGUUGUGGAAAAGGAUCCAGAGUUGGGCAAGGGUGAUGAAAAGCACGAUCGCACAGAUGGCACUUUCUUCCGUCGCAAGGGCAAUGAUUUGUUCUGGCGUGAAGUGCUGAGUUUGAGGGAAGCAUGGCUGGGAGACUGGACUCGCAAUCUCACACACUUGGACGGACACACCGUGCAACUCUCCCGCAAGCGCGGUCAAGUCAUCCAACCAAACUCUGUCGAAGUCGUCAAGAACGAAGGUAUGCCCAUCUGGCGUCAUGAAGAUGGUCCUGAAUACGGAAACCUGCAUGUCGAGUAUACUGUCAUACUGCCAGAUCAGAUGGACAAGAAUAUGGAAAAGGACUUUUGGAACACAUGGGACAAGUGGAGGAGGAAGAGCGGAGUGGACUUGCAAAAGGACGCUGGUAGACCCGCUCCUGCUGCUGCUGGCUCUGGACAUGACGAGUUAUAG